ACAAUACCGUAAUUUGUAUUUUUAGAGCACGCAACAGUGAGUAUGAGAGGCGAAGCUCGCCGGUUGCUCGGCCAUGCCGACACUGUUUUGACAAAUUCAACCGAGGCGAGGCAGGCAUCCUUAAAUUGAUUAUUUAUACUUGUUCACUUGAUUUGGAUACAGGUAAAUUAUAUUUAGACAUCGAGAGUUGUAGAGGCAGAAUUAGUGCGUGGGGUGGGGACGAGGUGUAUGUUGGUGAGGAUGGAGAGCGAGAGUAUGUUGUACUUGGUGGUGGCAGUGAUGGGUUUAGUGGUGGCACUCGUGGCCCUCUUACUUCUCAGACGACGCUCUUCACCGCAGCCACAACCACAUCACCAUCAGGACCAGGUUCCUGUUGUCAACCUUCCAGUAAGGCAGCCUAUAAAUCGGCGAAUGCGUAGGCGUACUGUAGCAAGUACUUCAUCAGCAGCUCUAAAUUCAGAAGAUGAGGAUGAUGAAGAGGUGCAGGAAGCUGAGUAUUAUGCGUCAAAAUCAUCCAAGAAGAAAGAAAUGAAAAGGCAAGAGAGGGAAGCCCGGAGACAGGCAGAAGAAGGAGCACAUGAAGUUCAAAGAAUGAAGCAGGAUAGGUAUGCUGAAAUGCGGCAUCGAAAGGAUGAGGAACGUGAAGCUGAAGAGCGUAGAAAGGAAGAAGAGGCACAAGCACAAAAAGCAAAAGAAGAAGAAGCUACAAAUGCAGAAUUCGAGAGAUGGAAAGAUGCCUUCUCAGUUGAUACAGAAGGCACAGCAGAGGAGGAAAUGCAACGUGGUGGUCAAGGGCUUCUCUUUGAUUUUGUUGAAUAUAUCAAGAAGCACAAAUGUGUCCUUUUAGAAGAUCUUUCUGCUGAGUUCAAGCUCCGUACGCAGGACUGCAUCAACCGAAUAUUUGCCUUGGAAAAAAUGGGUCGUCUCUAUGGAGUUAUGGAUGAUAGAGGCAAAUACAUAUAUAUUUCUUUAGAGGAAAUGAAGGUUGUUGCAGACUACAUCAAGAGACAGGGGAGGGUAAGCAUUGCUCAUUUGGCGAGUAAAUCAAAUGAAUUCAUUGCUCUGGAGCCAGAGUUGGAUCUUGAUAAAGUUCCUAUGAAAUUGAAUGAAGAUUACAAUGUUAACAGUGAGUCAAACGCAAUCACUGUUACAUAACAUUCAUCUGGGAUUAUCAUUACUCAUCUGGAUAUUUGUGAGGCUGAAAUUAUCUCCCAAAGUCAUUUGCAUGUUUCGGACCUUUGUACUUAAGGUCUACAUUAGAAACUUUGUGCAAUGUACUAUGGAUUCAUUCAUCAUCAAAGUCAACUACAUAUAAGUUAAAAGGGGAUCAACACAGACAGUCUGCAGCAGUUGCAACUUUGUCAAAAUUCAUUUUGUUGUGUAUGCACACUUCAAAUGUUACUCUAGCUAUGUUUUUUACCUUGUCUGAAAAAAUGUAUUUGGAACUGUGCCAUGCCGUGCCAUGGAGCUAACACAUGAUUAUCAUCAAGAGCAUAGUUGCAAGACUCUGCGAGUACUUGCAAAAUUUGCGAUCCAAAUCAAUGGUAACUUGCUGAAAAAUUUGUUUCUGGUUUUUUUAAAAACUCACAGCAACUUUUGCAUGAGAUGUCAUCAAAUACUCAAAAAUUUGUGAUUUAGGCAUUAAAACUUAUCCAAAUCUUUUCGAAACCUUUUUAA